GUGUUCUUACUGCACAGGGUGCUUCACAAAUGAAGCUUCCUUCACAAGGUUCCUGAGGCACCUUACAGAUGAAGGACGGAAAGAAGCAGGAAUUUAAGCAAAUGCAUGUCAAGCAUCCACUACUUUAGGAUACUUCUCAUGGGACACAAAAACCUUAGGCAAAGGACUGCUCUGUUCCCAGUGUAAAUGUAGUGGCUUAACGUGAAGCUGGAUGUGCUUGCUUUCCACAGCUCAUGACACUGCAGAGAUGCAGGGAUGAUACACUCUGCACUACAACUCCUCACUGCACAAACCAAACGUCAGCCUUCACUUCCCAAAAUCCCACCCAUCCUGCUCUGCCCAGCCAUAUGGAUGAUCUUGUAGGUCUUUUCCAACCUAGCUAAUUCUAUGAUUCUAUGAUUCUGUGUUCCCACUUCCUCAUAUCAAGGCUGGCACUUGUUUGAUUCCUUCAGUGAGCUAAAACUAGAGAAGAAAAGAAAAAGUCACCAUCAGCUUUUGACUGCAACUUAACGAGACGCAGGUCAGAGGGAGAACCCAGUACAGCAGCCCCUGCCACGAGCAGGCACACAGCCCUUCAAAUACAUCUGAUCUUUAUGCACCAGCUAUCAAUUAACUGCACACAAGAUCAUCACACCUUUCCAUCUCUGGAAGGUUCAGGCUGGAUAUUAGGAAAAAUUUAUUCACGGAAAGAGUGGGGAGGCAUCGGCACAGGCUGCCCAGGGAGGUGGUGGCAUCCCGGUCCCUGGAGGGGCUCAAGAACCGUGGAGCUGUGGCACUGAGGGGCACGGUGGGAUGGGCUGCGGUUGGACUAGACGAUCCUGCACGUCCUUAACAGCUCCACGGCUCCGGCUCCAGCUCCCCACGCUCCCCGCAGCCACGCGCAGCGCCGGUCACCGCCCGCUCCCGGGCCCCGCCCUCACCGCCAGCGCUUCCUCCCGGGCCGCCUCUCGCUGCUCGGAGCUCGGGUAAGGCGUGGUUUGCGCAGGCGCGGUGGGCGGGCUUUGCGCGGCGGGUGCGGGAGAAUGUUUCGCCGGCCCCCGCGCAACUUCCGCGGUCGGCAGCGCGCGGCCUCCAGUGGCGGCAGCAGCAGCGACGAAGAGCAGGGACGGGUCUCCGCCCCGCUGCCUGGCCCCGACCCCGGCAGGGAAGCGGAGUCCGAGGAGAGCGAGGGGAACCGCGGCGCCGCCUCCUCCUCUGCGGGGGCCGGAGCCGCUGCGGAGCGGCCGCUGCCCUCGGAGGAGCCGGCGCUGGGAUCCAGGGCGCUGCUGAGCUUCGGGAGCGAGGAGGAGGAGCGGGACGGUGACGAGGAACUUUUUAAAAUCAAAAAGCCAUCCUUCAAUGAAGUAACGUUUAGAAUUCAAAGGAAGAAAAGUCCGCUGUCUGCAGAGAGAGAAGCUGAUGAAAGCAAAAAAAUAGCUCAGUUGGAGCCUGGGACUGGCAACACUAAAGGCGCUCAAGAGACGAAGGAAGAAAGUUAUUCUUCACUAAGUGAAGACUACAACAGUGCAGACUCUGAAAAUGAAUCCAACCUGUCACAGAGGAGGAAGGAUCUGUCACCAGGUUGUAUCCCCAGUGCAGGCUGUAUUGCAGCUGCUUGGAGGAAACGUCACCUAGCCAGGACCCAAGCUGAUUAUCUUCCCCUGGAUGUUUCAAAUGAUCGUCAGCUUUCUCGGAGAAGAGAGAGCAGUGAUUUAGAGAGUGAGGAUGAGUCUGAUAUGAAUAAUCUCCGUUUUGUUCCUAAAAUGAGAAGUCUUAGGCAUAGGAUGGCUGAACACAUGGUGCCUGCGAGUGAUGAAUCAAGUGAUGACGAAGCAGAAACAAAGUGGGAAGAACAGCAAAUAAAGAAAGCUGUCAAACUCUCUCAGGAAACUUACAGGGAUGCUUCCCUGUGUAAAUCUCAAGCAGCUAAACCCACGUUUGAUCCUUGUGUUUCCUUACCACCUGUGAGCUUGGAAACUGUAAAAAAGCGACUGACUGAAAGGAUAGCGUCAUUGCAGGAUGUGCACCGUGCCCACCAGAGGGAGUAUGGAAAAUAUGUGGAGGACAUUGAAAGUUCAAAGAUAACUGUCCAGGAAUUGGAGAAGUCUUCAGAGGCUGCUAUGAAUUAUAAGUUCUACAGAGCCAUGAAAACAUACGUAGAGAACUUGGUAAACUGUUUCAAUGAAAAGCUGAAAUACAUAAAUGAGCUGGAAUUUGCUGUGCAUGCUCUUCUUCAGCAACGAGCCACGUCAGUAAUGAAACGAAGGCAAGAUGAGCUCAAAAUGGAAUCUGCUUAUAUGCAGCAUCUGGCAACUGGGAAUGACAAACCAACUGAUGAUGGAUUGGAAAGUGAUGAAAAGAUGAAACUUCUGAAAACCUGUGAGCAUCGAAGGACUUGCAGACGCCAGCUGAGAGAGCGCUCCCAGAAAGCUGCUCACCACGAAGGCAUGUCGAGUGACGACGAGCUGGCUGUGACAGAGCUGACUGAGUUCCAGAAGAGCAAAGAUAACAUUUUAGAAGAGAGUAGGAAAAUCUUUGAAGAUGUCCAUGCAGAUUUUUGUGACAUCAGAAAAAUCCUGUUGAAAUUCCAGGAGUGGAAAGAGAAGUUUCCUGACUCUUACUGUGAUGCCUACAUCAGUUUUUGCCUGCCUAAGCUUUUAAAUCCAUUGGUCAGAGUUGAGUUAAUGAAUUGGAGUCCUCUUGAGCAGAAUUCUGCAGACUUGGAAGAGAUGCCCUGGUUCAAGGCUGUGGAAGAAUUCAGCGGUGCCAGAAAGUCACCUGAAUCAAAAAGAGAUGAUGAUCCUGAUGGGGAAGUUUUGCCUAGAGUGAUUGAAAAAACUAUUCUGCCAAAAAUUACAGUAUUUGUAAAGAACGUGUGGGAUCCUUUAUCGACUGCACAGACUGAGAACCUUGUACGGCUUUGCAAUAAUGUAUUUGAGAAACAAGUCCUGUCCAAAAGUGAAUGCAGUCGAGCAAAACAGGAUUUGAUUAACAUGGUUGUCCUAAGGAUGAAGAGGUCUGUGGAGGAAGAUGUCUUUAUCCCUCUGUAUCCUAAAAGCGCUGUGGAAGACAAAUCAUCGCCACGUUCAAAAUUCCGAGACAGGCGGUUUUGGUCAGCUGUUAAGCUGUUGUCCAAUGUUCUCCUUUGGGAUGGGAUUGUACAAGAAGAUACGCUCCGUGAUCUGGGACUGAGCAAGCUGCUGAAUCGUUACCUUCUUCUGAACCUCCUGAACACACCAGCAGGGCCGGAUAAUGUGGAGAAGUGUAAAGAGGUGGUUGCAUGCUUCCCAGAAAGGUGGUUCCAGAAUCUUGGAAGUGGGUCAACUCUCCCUGAGUUACUGAACUUCUGCCAGCAUUUGCUGCAGUGCGCACGUACGCUUCACAGGAAUAACCACAGUGAUGAAACGGAAGAGGUUAUUCUCCUGUUGGUAAAAGUCAAGGCCCUGCGUAUUGCUGAAGAGUUCAUUGAAGAGUACAAACUGGAACAUCUUAAAUCCGUGAUCAGGAAGUAGGGAUUUUAUAGAAGCAGCAUGUCUGUUACUGAAACGAGCCUGAUGCUCACUCGAAGAAAGUGGUCAUGUUUAAUAGUGCACCCUGCCUACGCUCGUUUUACUGUUAAAUAUUUUGUGUUUUUUUUUUUUUCAAAUGUCUUCUGCCAUCUACUCCUAGGUAAAGGAGUCCUCUUAGAAAUCACAAUUGUCAAUGUAAAGUGGAGAUGUUCUGAAAUAUCUGGCAAAGCCUUACUGCUUCCUUCUUUUGGGAAGGAUAACUGGAAUAAGGGAGUGCCUGUAAUGUUACCACUGCUAGGGAGCGGACAACCUCACAAGCUGUUUUCAGUACCGCACCGAAUCACUCUGACUCCAGAGUCACUGAACUCUUAUUGUCCACUGACUGUGAUUUAGGUAGAGUUCUCUUCAUUGAGUUCUUUUUCACUUAGAAAGCUUGUUGUAGCUUUUUGAUCCUGACACAGAAGCGGGCAGUCUGUGUGCGGGGAGGAGUUUGACCGAUGAGCAUCUACUGAUGGUAAAUGGGUGCUCAGGAAGGUAAGACAUGGCACAGGACAAUGUCUUUACUACAUUUGUUCUUCCCCACAGUAGCAUUUGUAGUGGAGCUUUGUACUUGAGAUAUAGACUGGACUUUGUGCACAGACCUGGAGUUGUCACACACCUUGAUUUAUCAGACAAGCAGAAGAACUUCAGUUACCUUCUAGUAAUUGACUUUCUAAGAAAGUCUUACUUUUGCUUCCCAGUAAGACACGUUAAACCUUAUUUCAUUGUACCCAUGUUAGAUUUCUGAUGUUGUAUAACUCUGCAUAUUUGCAGCAAAUAUUACUGCUGCAGAAUAAAAAGGAUGUUUUACUGUACAAACAGUAGUGCAUCACAAAUUCUGGUAAGUUUACUAGUGCUUGUUUCCCUAAAAUGUUCUGGGUCUAGCAUUUAACUCUUCUAGGCUUAUUCCCUGUGAUUUUUAUAUUUUUUGUUACAGAAUAUAUAUUUUUGUAAACUAUUUUAAUUGUAAAUAGCAUUGAUCAGUGUGACAGACAAAAAAUGACUUAAAAUAAAAGCAAUUGUAAAAAAUA